AUGGCCAAGUUUCACGCGGACUGCUCGCCGCUCGCGGACUCAAGAUGGUUGUUCCGCCCCGCCUUCCACGCCGCCCAGCGCGCCACAGCGGCAGCCAGAGGACGAUCCGUCGCAGCACCUUCGCCAUUUCGUGUCGCCCGACUUCUACCGCCCCCGCCUCGCCCCGUGGAGCCGCAGCUCCGCCACCACCGGCAAUACCAAGGCCGCGCAGCCCCCGCCGUCGGGGAUUUGCAUUGCCAUUCCGUCGGCGCCGCGCAAUCGUGGCAGCGCGUGGAGAACCUGCUGCUGGCGCUCGACGCGCGGCGCGCACGGGAGAGAGACGGGCUGCUGGAGCACGCGAUGCGCGUCGUGGUGUACAGCUCGGGCUGCCGUGUCGACGACCCCGCCAGAAGGGCCGGUGCGGCGAGAAUCGGCGAAUCCCCCUCCGCGUUGAUGCGGGCGGCGGCGGUGCUGGCGCGCGAGGCGAACGUGAGCGAGACGUACGCGCGGCCACUGGUGGGGGCUCUGGCGCAGGACGUGGCGAACGUCAAUCCGCUGGUGGACGCGCACACGGCGGCGAUUGUUGAAGGUGGUUGGCUAACCAUGACCUAG